CGACACGCCUUGUGCAUCUCAUUCCACACAAGCUCAGGAAACGUACGUACCCGAUCAGGCCAUUCCGCACAGCCACGCCGGCCUCACCCGCUCCUUCUCACGAACACACACCUCGCCAUUCCCUGCAUCGACGACGUGCUCCAUGUACAUGGAUACGUCGUCCAGAUCCCUCGUCUUGUGCACACUAGUCCUCGCAGCCUGCCAUGGGCUCGCGGCCGCAGGCUGGUCUCAGGGCACCGCGACGUUCUACGGCGACGCCGACGGCUCCGGCACGAUGGGUGGCGCCUGCGGGUACGGCAACCUGUACAACGCGGGCUACGGCAUCAACAACGCGGCGCUGAGCCAGACCCUGUUCAACGACGGCGCGUCGUGCGGGCAGUGCUACCUCAUCACCUGCGACGCGUCACGGCCCGGCGGGCAGUACUGCAGGCCCGGCAGCAACUCCGUCACGGUGUCCGCCACCAACCUGUGCCCGCCCAACUACGGCCUCCCCGGCGGCGGGUGGUGCGGCCCGGGCCGGCCCCACUUCGACAUGUCGCAGCCGGCGUGGGAGCGCGUCGGCGUCGUGCAGGGCGGCAUCGUCCCCGUCCUGUACCAGCAGGUCGCGUGCGCCCGCCGGGGCGGCGUGCGCUUCGCCAUCGCCGGCUCCGCCUACUACCUGCUCGUCAACAUCCAGAACGUCGGCGGCAGCGGUUCGGUCAAGGCCGCCUCGGUCAAGGGCGACCGCACCGCGGGGUGGGUCCAGAUGUCCAGGAACUGGGGCGCCAACUGGCAGGCGCUGUCUGGCCUCGUCGGCCAGGGCCUCAGCUUCGCCGUCACCACCACCGGCGGCCAGUACCUUCAGUUCCUCUACGUCGUGCCCGGGUGGUGGCAGUUCGGCAUGACCUUCGCCACCAACCAAAAUUUCGCCUACUGAUAAAACAUGAGAAAAUGCACCGUGUGCAUUGCGUGCUCGUGAUUUUGACAGAGCUACGUACCUGCACUUGCCAUUGCAUCCUCGGUGACCACCUGAGAUCGAUGACUGGCCUUCUUCCCGACUGCAGGAGGUGCGCGCCAUGUAUAAUUUCGAAUUUCACCCUCUAUGUCGUACCAACUUCAUUUCUAAAUUAAUAUUGUAGCUUUUCAGUCUUAGAUCCUAUUUAUAUAUAAGUGCAUUGUGUGUGUAAACAUUAUCUAUAAAUACAGUGUAAACCUUGUUUUAUUUUAUAUGGACA